AUGAACACGGCGCCGCAGGCUCAAGAGCGUAGCUGGUUCUUCUGCAUAGAUUCACCAUGUCACGUUCGAAGUCUCCUUCCAGUUCCAAAGUCCUCUGAGGAAGAUGCAUCGGCGAUGCCCGUUGUUUUGGUGGCUGACCGCAAGACGGGUAAUGUUAAGACAUAUGAUUCAAAGCUUCAGCGUCCUUGUAGUGAGCCUCUACGCACCCCUGCGGAAGUUAAUGCACCAGCCUUUUCAUCGGCCGCACUGCAGCAGCAGCAGCCCACAACCAAUAUGGCACUCUCACUCUGCCUUGUGGGUGACAGAGGGCUCUGGGUGGGGUGGUCGUCGGGGCACAUUGGCGUCUAUCAAAUGCACCUUGAGCAUGCAUCGGCUACCACGUCACCCAGUGCAACUCCGUCGGACGCAAAGCGGCUCAAAUCACGCAGCACAAACUGGGCUUUGGUGAGCUACCUUCACGAGCAUCGUGCGGCGGUGCAUAUGGUUGUCACAGGACCAGGUCCUUGGGUGUUUAGUGCCAGUCAUGACCAUCGGGUGCUGCAGUGGAAUGCAGAGACGCGUCAAAUGAUUCGUGACUUGACGAAUAUUUGUCGUGCACACGACGACUACAGACCAUCACCGAUACGCAUGAUGUGUGUAGCGAUGGGUUGCUCCAGCUCGACGAGCUUCAGACAUCCACGGGGGCAUUUUGUUUUCUUCUUCUCAACCGAGCGGAGAGCGCUCUAUAGCCUCGCUUUAGGCGGCCCAGGAAGGACAGGAAAGGUGCUGUCUGACCGCGAUGUGCCUCUGCAGCGAGUGACGUCAGCCCGACCGACAGUGACAAGUUCCGCCGUCCUCAUCGGUGAUGACAAUGACGAUGCGGCGGCGGUGUUGUGCCUGGGUGACGACGAGGGAACGAUUACCUUUACUACCCUGACGGUUGUUUACGAUGGAGGCAGUGCAACACCAGCAGCAGCAGCAGCAGCAGCUACUUCCUCCCCAAUCACUGACACUGCAAUCCCCGACGACGACUAUCUGCGGGCGGUCGCUGACGCUGCCCUCUCUGCUGACACGCUGAACGUGAACAGAGGCCGGGUCACGGUGCUGUCGGUGCUCUCGGCGGUUGCAGACCAUACGACAGGCAUCAUGUCGUACGGCCUUGCUGCGGCCUCAUCGCGAAACGUCAUUACACUGUUCAAAGUGAGUGUGUCACCACUGAUUGCAGGAGGUCACGUUUCGGGGUGUGCGCUACUGAGUGUUCUCCCGACUGGCGGCCCUGUCACGUGUCUCACACCGCUGUUGCGACCAGUGUGUCAAGGCCCGGUUGCCACUGCCUUGACGGCCUUUGCGGAUGGAACGACGGCUGUUCUGUUUGACUUCCACAAUCUUCCGACUAGACGCAAAGACGACAAUAAUCACACGGUGUCUGAGGUGUCCCCUCUGCGCUAUAGUUCAGCAACAACACCACAGAGGUCAUGGAGUGAAACGGAAGUCGAGGCGCUGCAGCAGCGGCUGCGUGCCGCGCUGGAGGUUGUCGCGCACGCAAGUGCCGUUGCCGAGGAGGCGGAUCAGGCGUUGGAGGAACAGCAACGGGAGAUGCGGCAGCUGCGCUCCGCAAAUGACGUCUUGGCGUCUCAGUUGCAGCAGCUCUCAGAGGCGCUGAGCAAGAAGAAUGCGGAGGUUGUGGCACUCAAAAGGCAAAAGGACCACGCAGAAGGGGAAAAGGCGGCGAUUCUGGACAUAACCCGUCAACUUAAUGAGCUGGAGCGGCGCAAUCAGAGCCUUGUGGAACAUUUGGACUUACUUCGAGUAGAGAAGGAAGACGAAGUGAGGCGUGCUAAGAGCUUGGAAACGGAACGGGACCGUAUGCAGGCCGCAUUGUGUGAGGCGGAAGAGCGCCAUUACUUGGGCUUGGACGAGUUGCUCCGCGGGAAUCGUUUUCUCGCAGAGAAUAUUGGGUGCCUCGAGCGCGAGAAGCGCGACGUACGUCUUCACGCCGCUGAAGAGCGCACACACGUUUCCAGUGCGCCACUGCCGAGUACAGUCGCAAGCACAAAGGGGGGCGGCAAGUACUCGUUGCGCGAAUUGCUUGAGCAGGCCCUCAGUGCACUGGAGCCUGCUGCCGACGAGGCUGCAGCGUCUUGA